CUCAAGCCGGGCGCUGGGCUGGGCGGGGCCGGCAGCGGGGCCCCGGCCCAGCCCCGGCAGAGCACAGCGGGAAGGCCCCGAGCCGGUCCGGUUAGCCCCGGCACCCUGCCCGACUUCCCGUCAGACGCCGGUCAUCGGACCGGUGGUGGCCCCAGCCGGCCCGGAGAGCCGUGGCCAAAGAAAAGAGUGCAAGAUUGUCACAGGAGUCCGGGAUCGGCGCCCUAGCCUCGGCUCUUCCAACUGCCGCCGCCAGGAUCCGGGGCCAGGAGCUGCCGCGGAGCCACCUGACACCUUUAAAUAGCACCGGGGCUGGCGAAACUGGAGCCCCGCGCGGCGCGCCCCGGCUCCGACGCCGGCUUGCUGGAAGCCCCGGCAGCGGCGGCGCCCGCGUCCGUGCCCUCCUCCCGGGCCCCCGCGCAGCUGUGCCCGCGUCAGCAGCCGCGCUAAUCGGCCCCGCGCCCGGCCCGCGCCCUGCUCGGCGCGGCCUCCUUCCCGCCUGCCGUCUCUCGCCCGCGCCGCCCGGCGCCCGAGCUGCCCGCGGGCUGGGUCCCCGCGGCCCGAGCCGCCCCGGCCGGGCCCCCGAACGAGGCCGAGAUGACUUCCAAGGAGGACGGCAAGGCGGCGCCGGGGGAGGAGCGGCGGCGCAGCCCUUUGGACCACUUGCCGCCGCCCGCCAACUCCAACAAGCCGCUGACGCCGUUUAGUAUCGAGGACAUCCUCAACAAGCCGUCUGUGCGGAGAAGUUACUCGCUGUGCGGGGCGGCGCACCUGCUGGCCGCCGCGGACAAGCACGCGCCAGGCGGCUUGCCCCUGGCGGGCCGCGCGCUGCUCUCGCAGACCUCGCCGCUGUGCGCGCUGGAGGAGCUCGCCAGCAAGACCUUUAAGGGGCUGGAGGUCAGCGUCCUGCAGGCAGCCGAAGGUCGCGAUGGAAUGACUAUCUUUGGGCAGCGACAGACCCCCAAGAAGCGGCGAAAGUCGCGCACGGCCUUCACCAACCACCAGAUAUACGAGUUGGAGAAGCGCUUCCUGUAUCAGAAGUACCUGUCCCCCGCCGAUCGCGACCAAAUUGCGCAGCAGCUGGGCCUCACCAACGCGCAAGUCAUCACCUGGUUCCAGAAUCGGCGAGCCAAGCUCAAGCGGGACCUGGAGGAGAUGAAGGCCGAUGUGGAAUCCGCCAAGAAACUGGGCCCCAGCGGGCAGAUGGACAUCGUGGCGCUGGCCGAACUCGAGCAGAACUCGGAGGCCGCAGGCGGCGGUGGCGGAGGCUGCGGCAGGGCCAAAUCGAGGCCGGGCUCUCCGGCGCUUCCCCCAGGCGCCCCGCAGGCCCCGGGCGCCGGGCCCCUGCAGCUCUCGCCUGCCUCUCCGCUCACGGACCAGCCGGCCAGCAGCCAGGACUGCUCGGAGGACGAGGAAGACGAAGAGAUCGACGUGGACGAUUGAGCGGCGCCCGGGAUCUUCAGCCGCCCCGGGCCCCUGGCGCCCGCACGCUCGCCGCCUCCCGGACCGUACCGCCCAGGGGAGCUGGGACCUCCUCUGCAACUCCCGCCUACUCCGCUGUCCCCGGCCCGGACUCGACUCCUGGCAGCCGCCGCCUCUUUCCUGUCGAAGCAAUAAACCUGGGCUGGCCGGCCGGGCCGGCCGCCGCACGCGACCUCCGCCAACCCCGGAGCCCUCGCCGUGCAAUUCUGUAUGGCUUCUGUAUAAAUAUUUAAACCUAUGUAGCGGGUUCUUCUCACCGCAGCCUGAUUUUUUUUUUUUCUUUUACUUUUUUUAAAUCUCGGAGAUUUCCAUGUUUUCAAAGCUCUCUCGGGCUUCUGGGUUUGCCGAGGGUGAGGCAGAUCGGAGGGCGGCGAGCACUAACCCUGCGGUCUAGAGGAGGGGGCAGCUCCGGCUGUUUUGAUUUUUUUCUGCAUGUGGAGAAUGCACUGGCCAGCUCCCUCCUCGCCUCUCUCGGCCUAUUGCACUUGACUUUUAUUUCUUUCCGCCUUUUUUCCCCCGCGUGGGAAGGGGGUGAGGGGUGCCGCCGGGUCUUGACUUGCAAGUUUCAAAAUCGAUCUUUCCUUCCCCCCGCGAGAAAAGUCUGUUUUCGAUGCCAUUUCUGCCUCCCAGUGCCCACUAACGCUAUUUUAAAGAUUCCUCUCUCUCUCAUCUCCUCGGACUGACUGCUGGAGUCUGGCUCUUAGGGACAAAGCAGGGGGAAAAUGAACCAACCGAUCAUCGAAAACAGAACCCAAAGUCCUAGAAUUAUUUUUUACUCUUUUUAGAAUUUUUUUGCAUGUGACAGAGACAGAGAGGAGACCGACCCAAGCCCUCACCCCACCUCCUCUGCAGCUCUGGGUCUGUCUUGCCAUCUCCAGCAACCCAGCUCCUAGCUCGACUUGGUCAGGCAAGGGUUGCCUGAUGAGGGUGGGUCCUGCGUGCCCCUGCCCUGCUCCUACCCUGCCCUCUCCUGCCCCGACUGUACCCAAGCCCUCUUUCUCCAGUAAAUAAAGUCUUUGCCAUUUUACUAGAA